UUUGUUAAAUAAUUGUUUAACUAUUGUAGACACGACUUUUAUUCAGCUUAACAAUAGGAAAACGUCUCAUUUAUUUUCAUAUUUGAGUAUUUUAAGAAUCAGAUAAUGAGCAAACAAAGUUCUUUUAUAUCACAAAACAAGGCGAAACAGUUUUUUAAUCGUGUCGUUUCUCGUGGUUUAAUAUUUCCACUAGCAGGGAAUCUGCCAGGAUUUAAACGUUCAAAGCCUAGUGACGAUCAACUGGUUGGAUCAAAACACCUUAAAUUGGCUCCAUUUACUGUACCUGAAGAUGCUUCUCCUUUCUUGAAAUUAUACGCUGAGAGAUAUCAUACGAGCAUCAAGAAUGAUCCAGAUAAUGUGGUCAAUAUUUAUAAUACCGUUUGCUUCCUAAUACUUUCCUUGAUGGACAGUAAAUUGGAUAAAAACAUUUGUCAAUUCCUUGAUUCAUUUACACCCAUUGUGAACAUUAAAAGUCACAUGGAUUCAUUUGAUGACGAUGUUGGAAUGGCUAUGCAGCGACAUCGAGAUGCAGCAACCAUCCUUAACUACUGGCAGUUAGGAGCUCUGCGUCGCUACGAAUUCCUCAAAUGGCACCUCAUAGCGGUACGAAGUGCCGAGCUUUUCCUUUUCUUCCAUCGAGAUCAAAGUAAUGGAUUCAGCAAUUAUAUCAAUAGAUUUUUCGAUAAACAAUAUUUAGUUACACAAAGUCAACUGGGUUCAUCUACAAGGAUAACUGAAAAUGUUACCACUGUUGAAAAGCCAGAGAUUAAAUGUUCAUUGGCCAUGAAUAACUCUAUUUUGGAUUUGCCUUUGGAUGAAGCAACAUCUAUAGUGACCAGUGAAAAGCGUAAAUUGGAAACACAGAUUGAAAACUUCUCUCUUUACCUCAGAUGUAUUCGAGAGUUGAUUCAGAUCAACGAGAAUAAUAUUGCCAAGAUCCAUUCCUACCAAUUCCGCUGGAGACCAACUAGACUAUCAGAGCGAGUUCAAAGUAAACGAAUCAUUCUCAAUUCACCAAUGUCUGCAUUGCAUAAAGCUUACUGUGAUUUCAUAUCACGUCAAGUUCAAAACAGCAAUCCAAGCUAAGUUUAACUCAGUAACUUAUUUAAUUUGUCAAUUACUGGCCAUGAAUACACCACAAAUCAAUGCAUGACAAUCGAUUGACUAUCUAAAAGCGAAGUGUUUUUAACCAUUAAUAAACAAGAUUUCUCUGUUUUUAA